AACCCGGUCGACUUCGACGGCGCCGUCGACACCAACCACGACCUGCCCACGCCCGAGACCAUCCGCCAGAUCGACAACUACGCCGUGCUGGACCGCCACGGCAAGUCACACACCUUCCGCAGCCUCUACACCGGCCCGCACGCCGCCCGGCGCGUGCUCCUGAUCUUCGUCCGCCACUUUUACUGCGGCAACUGCCAAGAGUACCUCCGCACCCUGUCCGAGUCCAUCACGCCGGCCGCCCUCCUCGCCCUGCCGAUACCGACCUCCAUCGCGGUCAUCGGCUGCGGCGACCCGGCCCUGAUCGAAAUGUACGCCGCCGCCACCGGCUGCCCCUUCCCCAUCUACGCCGACCCCACCCGCCGGCUGUACGGCGCGCUGGGCAUGGUGCGCACGCUCGCGCUCGGCGAGCGGCCCGCCUACAUGCGCACGCACCUGCUCGCCAGCAGCCUGCGCUCCGUCGCCCAGGGCCUGCGCCAGAUCCCCGCCGGGCUGGCGCUCAAGGGCGGCGACAGCAAGCAGGUGGGCGGCGAGUUCCUUUUUGAGCCCGUGGUGGAUGGCGGCGGCGCGGCCGUGACGACGCCGCCGAGCGACGUGCCGCGGGCUGCUUUCGCGACGGGAAGUGCGCCGUCGGCAGGCGAGGAAGCGCCCGCCGGAACGGAGGAUCCCCAGCAAAAGCAGCAGCAACAGCGGCAACAGCCGCAGCAGCCGGACACCGGCCGACCGUCGGCGGGGACGAGCCUCGACGGCAAGGGCGGGCCCGCCGAGGGCGAGGGCGAGGACAAGGCGGUGACGUGGUGCCACCGCAUGAAGACGACGCGCGACCACGCCGAGAUCCCCGAGCUGAUGGAGGUGCUGGGGCUGGAUGGGCACGGCCGGCCGGUGGGGGACCGCGCGCGGUGGGAGCGCGCGCUGCGGGAGCGCAAGGGCACGGGA